UAUAAAAUAAGGUUCCGGGGGUUAGUUGUACCACGGGGUUGAUUGUACCGCUACAAUUGACCCCAUGGAGACUGGUACAAUUGUUUCAAGUAGGUAGUCAAGAGAACUUCACCUAAAAUUCAGUCAUUUUCACAGUGAAUGCCAAUAAUUCGCUGUCGAUACAAAGUUUAGAGCCUGGAUAAACUAUUGACAACAAUACCUUGGUAACAAAUAGCAUAUUAGGCAACUUAUGGGCUCAUAUAUUUGACGUAAAAACUUACUGCGGCUGGGCAAAAAACAAAAAUCCUUCCUGUACAUCUUCGUUUCUCAGCGCAAGCGCCGCCGACUGGUGAGCGGAUGGAAACACAAAAAGCGCAUAUUCUGACGCUAUGCACACAACCUAACGUCGCUUGUAUGAAGAAAUAUCGCCGAUGGUACUAUUGACCCGUGGUACUAUUGUACCCGGUCUACCCUAUAUUAGGUUCCCACCUUCUGACGUGCGGUAUUGUGGCCCUAGGUGGCCCUUAACUAACUUAGGAAAUGUUUGUAGGAACUAACGCACCUAUUAAACGUUUUGUUGCUUCCUCCUUCUCAGCUAUGAACCUAGAAUAGAGCACAGAUUUCAAUCUGUCACAAUUUGUCACAAUCUUCACAAAAUGUCAAAAACACUGCUAUUAUCUUCAAGUGUAAAUAUUUCGGUAAAAAAUUAUCAAAACCAUGGUCCAUAGAAAUUACUUUGUACUCUGGGCACAAACAAACAUAAGGCAUGGAGAAAACCCCUACAGAAUUACUAAUAAAAACCCUACCGAAGUCCACUAAAGUGCUCUUCGGUACAGUGUCUGGUAUGCUAGCCACAGCCAUGGUGCACCCUCUAGACGUCAUAAAAGUCCGUCUCCAGCUGCGUGAGAAGAAGCUUUCCACCACGGAGGUGGCACGCCUGAUGGUGAAGUGCGAGGGCGUCAAGGCGCUGUAUGCAGGCCUGAGCGCGGGCCUGAUGCGACAGGCUACUUACACCACCACUAGGCUCAGUACUUACCAUCUGCUGAACGAUUAUUAUAAGAGGGAAUACAACGUGCCAAAAGGCUCGAGCCUCAGCACGCACGACAAGGUGGUGAUCGGCAUAUACGCGGGUCUCCUGGGCGCGCUGGUGGGCAACCCGUCGGAGGUGGCGCUGGUGCGCAUGAUGGCGGACGGCCCGCGCCUGUGCAGCCCGUGCCCGCGCCCGCGCCGCUACCGCAGCGUCUUCCAUGCCUUCUACUGUAUUGUCCGCGAGGAUGGAAUACGCACUCUCUGGCGAGGCAGCACCUUGACUCUGAGCAGAGCGAUGCUUGUGAGCGUUGCUCAAAUUGGGACAUAUGCAGAGGUAUCAAGUAAGAAGCGACACAAUGACCCAAAAGGACAUACUAAACGAUAUAUUGGCACGAAAAGGCGUACGGUACCUUUGGAAAGGAGUAGGCCCUUACUUCAUUCGGAUGACGAUGCACACUAUUGGAACCCUGUUAAUGUUCGAAUACUUGACUGAAAAAUUCUAUAGAAAAGAGGACAAAAAGAAAUAAGAAAAAGAUGGAUAUUAAACUUAUUUCUUUGAAUUUAACUGAUGAGAGAUAAAUAAGACUGAGAAAAUAAAGAAAUCAGUCAAAUCUCUAAAUUAAAUUGCAAAUAUAGAUCCUAUAUUCGAACCAAACAUUGCAAUUUUAUAAUUUAUGUGAAUCUUAUUGUAUUGUUUUGUAAUAACACUGUAUUUAGAAUUGAUAAGUGGGAUGUUAUGUUUAUUUCAUAAAUUAUAUUGAAUACAAUGUUGAAAUGAGAUUUUAUUUCAAGAUAUUCUCUAUCAGCUUCUAGAUUUGUUU